AUGAAUCACAUUAAUGGUUUCGAUUUCUUUGGAGAGCUUCCACUAGAAAUCACUAUCGAUAUACUCUCCAGACUUCCGAUCGGAACCGUAAUCCGGUCCAAGCUCGUCUCCAAGGCAUGGCGUGAUGCAAUCAAGUCUCACGAGUUUGUCGAGGCCCAUCGUUUGAAAGGCGAACACAAACACGAACACGACACUUUCUUUGUAGGGACUAGCUAUGGAGACUCUGUAGAGACUAGCUGUGGAGACUCAGAAGGAUACAAAUUGUUAGAAGGAUAUGGAAGUAGCAUCCCCACCACCACCACUAUACCCUGCACGGGCACGUUGGCGGAGUAUAAGCCCCUCCUCCCAUAUAGCUCGUCGGUCAUGGGUUUAAUGUUGCUUUUUUGCCCUCUUUCCGAAGUUUUUUCCAUAUGCAAUCCGGUCACUCGUGAGUACGUGAGAGUUCCCCUCCCUCCGUCUCCAUCUGGUAAGAUUCUCGAUCGGGUGGGUAGAGUUCUGCACUUCCCUAAAUUUCACGUUACAUGUUUUAGUUACGGAAUCGGGUUGAGCAAUAAAAGCAAGCAAUAUAAACUAGUUUAUAUCCGCGGGUGUUACGGAUGCCACAUAUACACUCUAGGAACAGGACAAUGGAGGGUGGGCCCGAGCCCACCCAAAAUUGAAGGUUAUAGUCAUUUCUUUGGUGGAGGAAAUUGGGCAUCCCUGGACGGGAAGCUUUACUGGGUAAAAGAUAAGGAGAAUAUUUGCUCAUUCGAUCUUGAAAGCGAGGUUUUUACCACUUUCUCGGCUCCACUUUGUGCCCGUCAAUAUUUAGGUGUUCCUGUCGGAAAAAUUUGUUACUCGAGGAGAGUGUGUUUUUUGGAGGAGCGGCUCUGCGUAUGUGAUGUCGCAAGAACAUAUGUGGAUAUUGUUAUGCUAAUAUGGACAAUGAGGGGAGAAGGAGAUUGGAGAUUGCUAUGUACGAUACGUAAGGAUGUGUUUAAGGGAGAUAUGUAUAUGUCUCUCCCAAUCAAAGUGUUGGAUAAGGGUAACAAAAUCUUGAUGGCAUCUAGUGAAGGCUGUGGUGAGCGAUAUUGCUACGACAUUAACAAUACUUCAAUCACUCAAAUCGGCUAUGUCGCUGGCGACUCCCUCGAUCAACAAUAUACCUAUGCAUGCCCUUUCAAUCCUACUUUUGUUCCACUCAAAACCUUGUUCCAACACCAAGAUAAAGAUAUCAUUCACUCCUUUUGA